AAAUUUUAGAAAUUUCGCUAAAAAUCAAUCUAUAGAAUUACCAUUUUGUCUGUUUAUAUUUUUGACUCACUUUCUAAACGAAAAACGCAAUUUUUGUGUCACGUGAAUAGAAUUUGGUCAAAAUCUACAAAACCCAUUUUAGACGUUUCGAGUAAUCAACCGCAUGAUAAGCCCAGUCACCAGUCCACCACUGUGUUCUGUGUAUAAUUUUUCGAAUAAAAGCCCCUGCGGUUAAAGUCCGUCAUUGUUGUAAACAAAACGCGAUGAGAGUAUCGUUAAGUAACACGUUAAGGGGCAAAAACGUCCUUUUUUGCGCAAAACGGGGCUUCACAGCAAGUCACCAAUGCAAAGUGUCUUACGUCCAAGGCCAAGAGCCUGAGCCGAAAAUAAGGGAGUAUUUUUACUACAUUGACCACCAGGGAAUGCUGUUUCUAGACGAUUCAAAAAUGAAGAACUUUACGUCAUGCUUUAAAGAGAAGAAAUUUUUGCGUUUUUUCUUCAAUCAGCUGCGAUUGAAUAACAGUGGGAGGUACAAGGAGUUUCCGUAUUUGUCGAUUUGUGGAAAGGAACGCAAUUUUAUUAGAUGUGACGACUGUCCAAUUGUCUUCACUCAUGUGAUGUUGAAAGACAAUGAGGAGACACGUUUGGCUCAUAAUCAUGCUGGGGAUUUACUCACAUUUAGGUUUGAGCCGGAUAAAGUUGUGAUGAUACCAGAGACGGGGAGGGUUUACCAUCCAGCACCUGAACGCGCAGGGGGCGUUGGUUUGAUUAGAUCCAAACUGGCGAUUGAAUUUAGUAAACAUUUUACGUUCAAUAAUGGCGAGGGCAACCCUCCAACUCAUUUCACAUUUGGGGGAACCACAUACGAGCUAGAUAAUAAUUGGUACAAGGGAAGAAUCAAGCAAACGUAAUACUUUAUUUUUAUAAAUAUUUUGUUAAAAGCUUUGUUGUCACAUUUCUGAAUUCAAAUUUCAAUUAUGACGAUAACUGGUAGAAAGAAAAUAAAUAAUGUAAUACUUUUGCUUUAUUAAAAUACUCGUGAUAGUUAAAAUUUGUAUAAACAAUUUUAAUAAAAACUUUGUUCUUA